GCAUUGGAGCCUGGAGGGCGGAACUUGCUGUGUGAGCAACGUCCGGUGCAACCUCAAAAGAAGUCGCACAGAGCGGAUUCCAACAUGUCAAUACGAAGUGCAUUGGGAUUUGGAAUUUCAGCAAUCAAAUGUACCCGAUCCCUUCACCAAACUCCUGUUUGGAGGAGUCCACUUGUACCCAUGGUUGUGGAGCAAACUGGAAGAGGAGAGAGAGCCUAUGAUAUCUACUCACGUCUGCUCAGGGAAAGAAUUAUUUGCGUCAUGGGCCCGAUUGAUGAUACAGUAGCAAGCCUGGUGAUCGCCCAGUUGCUAUUUCUGCAGUCCGAAAGCAACAACAAGCCCAUUCACAUGUAUAUCAACAGUCCUGGCGGCGUGGUGACGGCCGGCCUGGCCAUCUACGACACGAUGCAGUACAUCCUCAACCCCAUCUCCACGUGGUGCGUGGGCCAGGCCGCCAGCAUGGGCAGCCUGCUGCUGGCCGCAGGCACGGCCGGCAUGAGGCACUCCCUGCCCAACGCCCGCAUCAUGGUGCACCAGCCGUCGGGCGGGGCCCGGGGUCAAGCCACAGACAUCGCCAUCCAGGCUGAGGAGAUCAUGAAGCUCAAGAGGCAGAUCAACAGAAUCUAUGCCAAACACACAGGCCAACCGCUGGAGCACAUCGAGGGCGUGAUGGAGAGGGACCGCUACAUGAGCCCCAUCGAGGCCCAGGACUUUGGCAUCAUCGACCGGGUCCUGGUGCACCCGCCCCAGGCCGGCCAGGACGAGCCCGAGCUGGUGAAGAAGGAGGCGGCGGCGGCGGCGGCGGCGGCGGCGGCAGCGCCCCCCACAGGCACGGCUGACACACCACAGCCCUCCGUCACAGAGGACGCCCCUCCAGGGACCAACCUGCCGUCGUCCUUCCGACCCGAGCCCUGAGGCGGCCUCCAGCUCACCAGAGUUUAUUCUUUAUGUUGUGAGAGGAAGCAGCGAGGCUGUGGACUCUGACUCUCCCGAGCCGGGACUCCAAAUGGUCCUAAAAUGGCUUUUAAUCAUCAUCCUGGCAAUUUACCACAGGAACGAAACCAGUAGCUGUUGGCGUUACCGGUUUUUUAUUAGGUCCAGUGAAUUGUAGUGUGUUGGUUUCUCUUUAAAUGCCCCCCCCCCCCCCUUUGUACUAGCAGUGGAAUAAACAGGAUGUUGUAAUUUACUUGAGGUUGUCCGUGGAUUGACCAAGGCUCAGACUACGUUCUUGUGUGUGGAAGGGGGGGAUUCUUAUUUUAUUUCAUCACCUCACUGCUGGGAAACCAGGAGAUGCUUUUUAUAUAAUUCCAUGUGUGCUAAAAUACCUCAUGGUCACUGGACUCAAUCCAUAUGCAGAACACAUAAUGGAUGUAUUUAUACAAGCAUUAACAUAUAUACACGUUGAACAAAGUUGAAUGCCAUACCGCAACACAUUGAGAACAGAGUUAAGUUAUAAUUUACUACAUUUGCUCUAAACAAACUGCUUUGGUUCAUCUAUUGAGGUUAGCAGUGUUAUAUUUGGUGUGUUGCCAUAUUCCUUUGGGACCACAAUGUAUUGAACAGAUUUUCUUUCCGAUUUGAUUCCACAUUGGUGAACUGGUCAGGUCCAUACUGGUGGGAGGAACCUCACGGGGACAGACUACCAGUCCACUGGCGUUAAGUUAUUUAAUGGCUUAUUUGAUCACCCGCGAUCUGAUAAGCAGGACUCUGCAUACAAUAUGUUAACACUACAGUCCUGAACCAAAAACUAUCACUGAAGAAAUAGAUAAAUGCCUCUGAUUAUCAUUAGGUCUGACCUAACUCAAUGCAUUACAGUAACAGUAUGGAUUUUUAACCUUAAAAGCAGAAACACAAAUAUUAUCUACUGCAAGCCAGCCCCGCCCAGCGAGGGUUAUAGUGCCCCCUCCUGUCAUUUCAUUCACAAAUAUAAAAAGCAAUACACAUCUACAGAACCAUCCAAAUUACUUGUUUAUUUUUCUAUGCUACAAAGCGGAUACAGUUUUGACAACAUUAAUUGGAACCAUCUGAAAUAGUUACAUUAAGAGACAGAAGUGUGUUUGUAUCUCACAAGAAAGGAAAAUGACAGAUUAAUACAAAAAUGUUAAGACAAUUCGUCACUUGAUUCACAAUUCUUCUUGUGAUUUACCACAAUUACAAAAAAUCUCCACCAUCAUCACUCAACCACCAUAGCAAGUCAAUUGGUGGACUAAGCCUACUUUAUCUAUCAAUGCGCCAUCGAAACUAAGAUAUAAACAUUGACUGAGGCAUUCAGAACAAUGCUGAAACAUUGCGAUACAUCACACACAUGCUGGACUAUCUUAACAAGACAACCAUGCAGACUUUUCCUGGGACAAUUCCAUCCAUUUUAAGUUGCUAUCCUUUUUUUUGUAUGGAUCCGACUAGUAUCUCUAGUUUUAGUGAAUGCCUGACUAUCUGGCCAUCAGAAAUAUAUAU